AUGCCUGAGCCGUCAGAGCCGAGGAAGGAGCUCGAGCUGAGUAUCCCCUAUAGUGGAUCUGGUCUACAGCUGGCCACUCUAGACCCUAGAGCUUUCAAGUAUCAGUCUGGUCGGGCAUUAGUACGUGCCCUAGGGUCGGGGGAAGGAGGGGGAGGGGUUGCUGGAGGUGUAGGAGGAGCUGGGGGCGGCGGAUUAGGGUUGUAA